AAGAUGAGUGCUGAAGAGAUUCUGGUGCAUGCAGUAGAACUUGGAAAAAAUUUCUGCCUCUAUUUUGAUGACGACGAUGAGCUGGAGUGUGAUGCCCUGUGCAAGGAGAAGAUUCUGCACCGAGUGCUGAGGAAUGUCAACAGCCAACUGCUCGUGGUGCGCCCAGACCUGAACGUGGCAGCCUUUGAGGAUGUGACAGACCAGGAGAUGCAAUCUGGCAAAGGGAUGCAUUUCAGCAUUCACUGCUACAAAACCACCACGCCCUUAGCAGGGAUGCCCGUGGCCUUCAGUGUGCAAGUGGAAAACAAAAGUUAUUACAUGUGUUGUGAGAGGGAAUGUGGAGAAACGAUCGUUAGGUUCAAGGAAGGAGAAGUUCCCAAAGAAAUUCCUGGUGAAAGCAACAUCAUCUUUUUCAAAAAGACAUUUACAUCUUGCUGCUCCAAAGCAUUCAAGUUUGAAUACUCAAUGGAACGAGGAAUGUUCUUGGCCUUUGAGGAAGAAGGCUACUUGAGAAAAUUAAUCCUAAAGAAACUGCCGAAAGAUGAAGUGGAUGAAACCAUGAAGAUAAGUUUAUCUAAGUGCAGUCAGAAUGAAAAUCACAGCUUAUGA